AAGAACAGUCGUCGCCGUUGCUCUCAUCGUCGUCGUCGUCGUCAUUGUCGUCGUUCUUUAACGGUUUUCAGUUUGUUGCUGUUGCUUUGUCCCGUCCACGUGUCGAUUGAGUGACAUUGUCGUUCGCCGUUCGGGUGACACUGUCACAAGAAAACUCGCGCGCAGAGAAAGUUAUAGAACAGCGAAAGGUGAAUCUCGCGAAUAUCGCACGGGAAGAUAAGUUUGCCGGGCGGAAUCGGUCAAAAGAUAAAGCAGAGAAACGACCCUUCCGCAUUCUUUCGAUCUUAUAAUUUUGAUGGAACCUUAAUCCUAUGUUCUCCGUUAAUUCGUAACUCCUGACUUGUCUUGCUUCAAGAAGCAUCUUAAAUUCUUGAUGUCCUAAUCAUUUGUCCUUCUCGAUCAACAAUCCCUCUGAUCGAUUUAACGCGUCACAAUAAUAAUUCGGAAACACGAAUCGACGCAUAAUACGGUGCAUAAUCUUUUCAUCACAUGAUUUUGAGAGCGAGAUAGAAAACGAAAUCAGCGAACGAGAGUUGAGCGCGUUAACGAGGAACCGGUAGCGUGAUCAACGAGAUCGUCAGCUGGAAGAUCCUUUAAUCGGCAGAAGAGGCACCAGCAAAGACAAAACGAAAGAGAGAGAGAGAGAGAGGGAAAGAAAGAGAUAGAAGGACAUAAAUAGGAGUGCGUCCUGCUGGUCGGGGGUGGGAGUGAAAGAGAGACACUGGGUGUGUUCGUCGCGCGCGAGAUUUGUUUAUCUCCUAUCGCAAGUUAUAGUUAUCAAAGUGUUCACUAAUAAUCCGGCAGUCGAGUUCACGUUCUCGAUGGAAUUCGAUGCCAGGACUCGUGUUCGAUGAUCGAAAACCGGCCUCCACGUUGAUCGCGCGAUCGUCGGUUCGAAUGUUCCAAGUCGCGUCGUAAAGUUUGUUGAGAAAUUUGUUGAAAGAAAAAAAAAUAAGAGAAAACUAGUACAAAGAUACGGGGAAACGCAGCCGCGAAAAUACGUACGAAAUAUCGCGUAAUAGAGAAAUAAAAGUAAUUAAGUAGAACCCACCGUCGUUCCGUUCUGCGCCCAGUAUCGGCAUCCUCCAACCACUGAUUUUCAUCGUUAACCGUAGAGAGGAGACAUCGAACUUUCGCGAUGCAUGAUGAAGCAUCAAGCAGAUCCGGCAUGGAGCGAAAACCGGGACCGCUGGUCCUUGUCGAGGACAAGCAGGAUGUCUCGAGAGGGACACUUCCGUCCGCGAUGGCUUCGAUUACAAUGUAGCUUGAUAACAGUGCACAUCAGCGGAGGUGACAGCGGUGUGAAACGAAGAGAGCCGGAGGCUCGCUCGAGGGCUGACCGCCCGCACGGUGCUCGGUUUCGCGUGCGACAGCUGAGGAAUCAAGUGACAAACAAAGAGAAAGUAACAGAUUUCGUACAUAGUUAGGGACGACUCGUUAGAGGAUUGCAAUGAUGGCGAACGGAAUGGACACAGUCGUACAACAAAACGGAGGAUCAACCCUCGGACAGACCUCGCAGGAAGAGUCGAAGACGAAUCUCAUAGUAAAUUACUUACCGCAGAGCAUGACACAGGAUGAGAUUCGUUCUCUGUUCUCCAGUAUAGGCGAGGUCGAAAGCUGCAAGCUAAUCCGUGAUAAGCUCAGCGGUCAGAGUUUGGGUUACGGUUUCGUCAACUAUCACCGGCCUGAAGAUGCCGAAAAGGCUAUAAACACGCUCAAUGGUCUUCGUUUGCAGAACAAAACCAUCAAGGUGUCGUACGCGAGACCGAGCAGCGAGGCGAUCAAAGGCGCGAAUCUGUACGUCAGCGGCUUGCCGAAAAAUAUGGCGCAACAGGAUCUGGAGAAUCUCUUCAGUCCCUACGGCAGAAUUAUCACGUCGCGGAUACUGUGCGACAACAUCACCGUACGACAGUUUGUGACCGGCGGCGGAGACAAUUUGCCCGGCCUGUCGAAGGGCGUCGGAUUCAUAAGGUUCGACCAGCGCGUCGAGGCUGAACGAGCGAUCCAAGAGCUGAAUGGCACCAUACCGAAGGGCUCGUCCGAGCCGAUCACCGUCAAGUUCGCCAACAAUCCUAGCAACAACAACAAGGCGAUACCGCCAUUGGCCGCCUAUCUCGCACCACAAGCCACGCGGCGUUUCGGCGGGCCGAUCCACCAUCCGACCGGCCGCUUCAGGUACAUUCCACUGUCGCCACUAUCCAGCACUGGCAAGGCCAUGCUUGCCAUUAACAAAGGCUUACAGAGGUACAGUCCUCUGGCGGGUGACCUUCUCGCGAACUCGAUGCUGCCCGGUAACACGAUGAACGGCGCCGGCUGGUGCAUCUUCGUGUACAACCUCGCACCCGAGACCGAAGAGAAUGUGCUUUGGCAGCUGUUCGGACCCUUCGGCGCCGUCCAAUCGGUCAAGGUCAUACGCGACCUUCAGACGAACAAGUGCAAGGGCUUCGGAUUCGUGACGAUGACCAAUUACGAGGAGGCGGUGGUGGCCAUACAGAGCUUGAACGGCUACACCCUGGGCAACCGCGUGCUCCAGGUCAGCUUCAAGACGAACAAGAGCAAGGCGGCGUAGGACGAGCAACAGGCGGCAGCGGCGGCGGUGGCUGCAGCUGCGGCCGCGGCGGCGGACGCGGCAGCGG